AUGUCUAUCUCUACAGACGAGCUUCGAAGUCAAUGGGCGAACCCAGGUGACAUUCUCAGUCUUCUCCUCCUUAUCGGUAGCGAUAUUGUGCAAAAAGCCAUCGCUCAACUCGUCGGGCACAGGAUUCACCUUUAUGGAGAUAAAAGAAAUCGAGGCCUGUCAAUUGCGCCCGUUGCUUUUUCUUUCGGAUGGGCAGCUUACGGGUUCUCCAACCUCCUCUCAGCUAUCGGGGAUAUGAGGCUGAUGCCGACGAGCGAUUGCCCUUCCUUUCUCGUAACCUGUUCCAACGGAUUUGUGAGGGAGAACCAAUCUUGGAUAUUAGGCCGUCUUCUUCGGGAUCAUGAGAUUAAAUAUGCCGUCGACCCGCGGCCGGAGGAUGAAGGUGGUCGAGCUGAAUCUAUCCGAAUUGACGUCUUCAACCUGCUUCCCGUCUCGCGCCCUACUUGCGACUUCGUGUGGUGGCUUGGAUGGGCAGUAUUACUUGCGCAGGUUGGUAUUGCUAUUGUACCCUGGGUCUUAUACGAUGACUGGGGAAUUUUCGUAAUCACUCUAUGUGGGAAUUUGUUCGUUGCUGCUACCUGUGCUCUGCCGCAGUGGACGCAAGAGAAAUGGGCUGGCCGCCAGUUGAAGCGCGACAAGGUAACAUGCCUAACACGCGGUAACGGGCAUUUUCAUAUCAUGGUCUUCAUCGGUACUCGAGGCUCCUGGGAUCUGGACAUAUCGGGACUCAAAGAACAUACCUGGUUUCUUGUCGGUAUUGGAGGUAUCGGUAUGCUACAAAAUAUCUUCGCAGCCGGAACACCUCGAGAGCCAGGUACUUCUAAUUUACAUAUUACCAAAUUCUCCCGUGUGUCAACGAUCGUAGGGAGACGCGAGGACUAUGAAGACGAUAUAGAUUGUAAAGUUAAUCUAGAAGAGGUCUCUAAGGAACUUGCUGAUAUUGCUCUAUGGACAUCGGGGAAGUCGUCGUUGGCAUCACAGGGUGACAAUCCUACUCUAAACAAAGCCGCUUCAAUGCCGCGAUGGCUGAUCACGAUGGCUGGUUCCGAUGGUACUCCAAGCUGGCUGGAGCCCCUGAAGCCAGUCCCUUUGACCAAUCAUACUCCACCCACAUGCCGCUUGAUAUCAAGAAUAUGGCAACGGCCCGUUACCGAUAAUGGCAAGCAGGAUGAGGUUGUAUAUGCUAUCGGGGUUCACGGUGCGCUGAUCGAGCUUGAGAAAUGGGUGCCGACAGCCGGGCUUGCGAUGGCCCAGAUAUUCUUCCCGGCAGGCCUCCAGUACAAUGAUGCGGCCGUACGGGAUAACAAACAUAAAAAAUUCUGGCAGAGAGCAUAUCAUACUAAAUUAGUCAGAGAAAGAGCAGAAGUAAAAAGGAGGGCCGAAGAGGUGACUCUAGCUCCGAUGGGAGUCUAA